GGCGGCCGGCAUGCGGCUGUCGCAGAUGGGGCAGGCCAGGUCGGGAGGCCCGCACGAGUUGGCCGAGGAGGAGGAGGAAGAGGAGGAGGAAGACGCGGCGGGAGGCGAGGGCUCGGCCUCGGGCCGGACACGGUUCCAUGGUGUUUCUUUGUUUCAUGGCUGCCUGCAAGAAGACACAUCUCAGGGUUGUAUGUUGCAUACAUACUUUGAUAAUAAAUGUACUUUGAAUCUUUGAAUACUGGAACAAUAUUAGUUAUUUGCCAGUCCUUCAGGAUUUUGCCUGUAGCUAGAGAGGACUCGAAGAUAUUGGCCAAGGCCCCAGCAAUCUCUUCUCUUGCCUCUCUCAAUAAUCUGGGGUACAUCCCAUCAGGCUCUGGGGACUUAUCCAUCUUAAUGCUCUUUACGUAACACAACUCCACCUCCUUCAUUACCACAAGAUGCCCUAGCAUAUCAAUACUCUUAACACCGAUCUCCCUAUCCUCCACAUCCUCCUCUUUGGUAAAUACUGAUAUAAAGUACUCACUAAGGACUUCACCCACUACCUCUGCAUCCAAGCAAAUGUUCGUCUCCCCCACCCUUUAUCCUUGAAUGGUCCUGCUCUCUCCCUAGUUGUCUUCUUACUCUUGCUAUAUGUAUAGAACGUCUUGGGAUUCUCCUUAAUCCUACUUGCCCCAGACUUUUCAUGUCCUUCCACCCCCCCCUCCCCCUGCCAGCUUUCCUAAUUCCCUUCUUCAGUUCUUUUCUGGCUUCAUUUUAAUCCUCAAGGGCUCUGUAAGAUUCUAGCUUCCUAAGCUUUACAUACUUUCCUAUAGGUUCUUGACUAAAUUCAUCACCUUUCUUGGCAUCCAAGAUUCUCUUCCCUUGCCAUUCUGGUCCUUCCUUCUGACUGGAACACACUUGUCCAGUACUCUGUGAAGUUGGUAGUUAAACACCCUCCACAUGUCAGAUGUGGACUUGCUGAAAUACAACUGUUCCUAAUUAACUCUCCCUAGUUCCUGCCUAAUGCUCUCAUAAUUUGCUCUGCUUCAAUUUAAUACACUCCCACAAGGUCCAUAUUUAUCAUUAUCUAUAGAUAUCUUAAAACAUAAGGAGUUGUGGUUACUAUUCCCUAACAGCUCACCCACUGUACGGGCCAGGUUUAUUACCCAACACCAGUUCUAUUGCAGCCCUUCCUCUUGUUGAACAAUCUAGAUAUUGAAUUAAGAAACCCUUCUGAAGGCACCCAAUAAAUUCUGUCCCUUCUGAACAUCUUGCACUUAGAAGAUCCUAGUUUAUAUUAGGGAAGUUGAAGUCCUCUAUGAAAACAAUCCUAUUGUUUCUUAAUAUCCUGGUGACCAUUGGGGCUCUGUAGUACAAUCCCAUCAGUGUGAUUGCACACCUCCUAUUUUUAAGUCCUACUCAUAUAGUCAGUGGAUGAGUUCUCCAUUAUGCCUUCCCCUCCCUCUCUAGCUUUUCUAAAACAUUGAAGAAUGGGAUAUUAAACAUCAUUUCCUGUCCUCUUUCAGCCAAGUCUCUGUAAUGGCCACAACAUUAUAGUCCCAUGUACUGAUCCAUUCUCUAACUUCAUCACUUAUGCCCACAAUACCCCUAGCAUUAAAAUAUACACAUUUCAAACCAUACAUCCCAACAUAUAUGUAUAUUACUUUGUUCCUCCCUUCUUCUACCUUCCUCUCCAUUCCUCUACUUUCUGACCUGGUGCUCUGUUUCCUAUCCUUCUGCCAAAUUAGCUCAAACCUCUCCAAGCUGCUCUAGCAAACUUCCCAGCCAGGAAUUGAAUCCCCUCCAGUUCAGGUGAAAAUAGUCCCUCUUGAAGAGGUUACAAUGAUUCAAUAAUUUGAAACCCUGCCACCUGCACCAGUUCCUCAGCCACUCAUCCAUUGUACUAUCAUCCUGUUCCUGCCUUGAUUAGCAUGUAGCACUGGGAGUAAUCCAGAGAUUACUAUCUUGGAGAUCCUGCUCUUCAGCCUCUUCCCUACCUCCCUAUAAUCACUGCACAGGACCUAGUUCUCUUGGUGUAGGACCUGCAUCUCUCUUGGAGCAGUCUGACUGGUCUUGAAUCUCUCUUGACUAAACAAGAAUUUCAAGACUGCUGUAUAGCAUCCUCCUCCUUCAUCUUGGAGGAGAUGUCCCUCCUCCUUCUUUUUCUCUAAUGGUCCACUCUCCUCUCCUAUCAGAAUCCUCCUUCUUCAGCCCUUUACCCUUUCCACCUAUCACCUCCCAGCUUCUCACUUCAUCUCCCCCCUUUCCCACCCAUCUAUUGUACAUUCUCCUCACCUGGAUUCACCUAUCGCCUGCUAAUACUCCUUCCUGUCCCCCCUACUUCUUGUUCUGUCUUCUUCCCCUUUCUGUCAAAUCCUGAAACAUCAACUGUUUCCUCUAUUUCCUCCCUUGAUGCUGCCUGACCUGCUGAGUUCCUCCAGUAUUUUGUAUGUACUGUGAUGCAGCAUGUCUGACAUCUAGUGCCAGAGGAGGAGAAAUAUGCUCCAAUUAAGUACUGAAAUGAUAUUGUGAUAUGUUUCAGAUAUUGUCUUUGGUUCCUGACACAAAUUCCAUUCACUAGAUACUGUUGUCAUUCUCUCUGGCAACUGACUGAGUUGGUGAUUUCAGAAAGAGGUGGAGGUUAGUCCUGUUUACAUCAACUGUGGUCAAGAGGUUGUCACAUGAACACAAUCACAGGAGACACACCCUUGUAAGAAGAGGCCCGUUCAACUCCAUAUUACAUAAUAUUUUAUAUGCCAAAGAUCAAAGAUAACAACAGGACAAUUCUAUAGAUACAAAGCAGCUACAAUGCUUCCUUUGAAUUACAUAUAGUUUUCAAACACUUCCUUCUUCACACCAACACCUUAUAAAUGUUAAUCAGCAUUGUCUGGUUUGCAAUCAACUCCAGCAUGCAGCUCCAGGUAUACUAUUAUUCAGGACUGCAUUUUAAAUUCAAUCUAUAAUCCACAUUCAGGUCUGAAGACCGGCUGCUGGAGAAAUUAAUAUUGGCUGCAUACCCUAACUCCAGAAUAUUCCCUAACAAAGAGGAUUGAAAGUUUCAGAUUCCUAGGAAUGAACAUCACCAAUAGCCUGUCCUGGUCCAACCAUGUAGACUCCACAGACAAAAAAGCUCACCAACACCUCUACUUCAGGGUGCAGAGAAAUUUGAAACAUCCCCUUUACUUUCUAUCGAUGCACCAUAGACAACAUCCCAUCCGUAUACAUCACAGCUUUGCCCCGACCACAAAAAAACAAGACAGUUGUGGACACAGCUCAGCACACCACAGAAAACAGUCUGCCCCUAUGGAUUCUGUCCAUACUCUUCACUGCUUCCAUAAUCAAAGAUAUCACCCAUCCCACACAUUCUCUCUUCUCCCUCUUCCAUCAUGCAGAAGAUACUUGAAAGGGCAUACCAACAGGCUCAAGGAUAUCCUACAUCCCACUGUAGGACAGUUCCCUAGUACAAUAGAAUCUUCUCUGUGGAUUGUCACCUUGUCAUGGUGGAGAAGCUUGUGUGGUCCUGAGAUCCCGAAAGCAAAGCCGUCUGGAGCUAUGCUCCUGGUAGGGUCACCCAUGGCGGUAAGGUCGAGGAUGAGGUCCCUGACAAAGAACAAUCCAACCAAGACCUCAACGGUGGAACAGGUGGACGAAGUUACUUCGAACUCAAUGGCUGUGAAGACGGGUGAAGGCUGCAACAAAUCCAUCAGCUCCAAUCGCCGUGGUUUCCAUGCCAUUGGAAUCAGUUGGUUGAUUUGUGAAGUAUCGUGUGCUUCUUGGAGUGCAACAUCAAGUAGGCAUUUUAAAAAUACACGCACAGGUGUCUUCGCUCUGUGGAAAUGGAACGAAGACCAUCAUUCUCGACCUCGAGGGAUAGCCACGACGACGAUUAUAAUAGAAUGGACUUUUGACCUCAUUAUAAAUGCACUUUACUGUCGACCUGCACUGCACUUUCUCCGUAAUUGUAUCAUUUCAUUCUGCAACCUAUUAUUGUUUCUUCUUGUACAAGUUCAAAGUACUGAUACAAUAAAUUGAUCUACGGUAUGCAGGACAGGUUUUUCAUGUCACAAACAAGAGAUCCUGCAGAUACUGCAAAUCCAGAGCGACACACACAAAGUGCUGGAGGAAUUCAACAGGUCAGACAGCAUCUAUGAAGGUGAAUAAAAAGUUGAUG